AUGAAGCUCGUCAGAUUCUUGAUGAAGUGCGCCAACGAGACGGUGACAAUCGAGCUCAAGAAUGGCACCAUCGUCCACGGCACGAUCGCAAGCGUCACGCCCCAGAUGAACACGGCUCUCCGCACCGUCAAGAUGACGCCCAAGGGCGGCAGCCCCGUCUCGCUCGACACCAUGAACAUCCGCGGCUCGACGAUCCGCUACUUCAUCCUCCCCGACUCCCUCCCCCUCGACACGCUGCUCGUAGACGACGCGCCCAAGCCCAAGAACAAGGCCCGCAAGGAGACGGACCGAGGACGUGGCCGCGGCAGAGGAGGCGGCAGAGGGCGCGGUCGCGGUCGUGGCCGUGGCCGGGGCUAA